CCUUCACUUAUUUUAAAACCAUUUCCCAACUUCAAAAAGAUCACACCACACAAAGCCAUGGACAAUAACAUCCAUAACACCACCCCAUCAACAAUCCAUAUUACCAACGACCCAACUCAAAAGAACCUCGAUGACGAUGGUCGUGAAAAACGGACUGGGACUUGGGUGACCGCAAGCGCACACAUUAUCACUGCUGUUAUCGGGUCUGGAGUGUUGUCGCUUGCAUGGGCAAUUGCGCAAUUGGGUUGGAUCGCUGGUCCUGCUGUUUUAAUGACCUUCUCUUUCAUUACUUACUUCACCUCCACCUUACUAGCUGAUGCAUAUCGUGCACCCGACCCUGUGACCGGAAAGCGUAACUAUACGUAUAUGGAUGUUGUACAAGCCAGUCUAGGUACAAAAAUAAAAGGUGGAAAAAAGGUUCAAUUAUGUGGGAUAGCUCAGUAUGUGAAUCUUGUUGGAGUUACCAUUGGAUACACAAUCACUGCUUCUAUAAGCAUAGUGGCUGUGAAGAGAUCAAAUUGUUUCCAUGACAAUGGACAUGAUGCUCAUUGUAAACCGUCGAAUUAUCCCUACAUGAUUUUGUUUGCCCUAAUUCAAAUCGUGUUGAGUCAGAUACCUAAUUUUCAUAAGCUAUCAUGGCUAUCAAUAUUAGCCGCAGUGAUGUCUUUCGCUUACUCUCUCAUUGGACUCGGCCUCUCCAUUGCUAAAGUCGCUGGAGGGGUUCAUGUGAGGACAACAUUAACUGGCACGGAAGUGGGACCAGAUUUAACAGGUAUGGAGAAGGUGUGGCGAACGUUUCAAGCCAUUGGAGACAUUGCUUUCGCUUAUGCUUAUUCAACCGUUUUAAUCGAAAUUCAGGAUACUUUGAAAUCAUAUCCACCAGAAAAUAAGAUGAUGAAAAGAGCAUCACUUGUUGGGGUUUCAACAACUACUCUAUUUUACAUGCUUUGUGGGUGCCUCGGUUACGCCGCGUUUGGUAAUGAUGCACCAGGAAACUUCUUGACCGGAUUCGGUUUCUAUGAACCAUUUUGGCUUAUCGACUUUGCAAAUAUUUGCAUUGCGGUUCACCUUAUUGGAGCAUACCAGGUGUUUUGCCAACCUAUAUUUGGAUUUGUUGAGAAGAAAUGUAGAAAACGAUGGCCAGAGAGUAACUUCAUCAACUAUGAGCAUGCUAUUAAUGUGCCAUUCUGUGGAGAGUUACACUUUAACAUGUUUAGGUUGGUGUGGAGAACGGCGUAUGUAACCGUGACUGCAUUGAUAGCCAUGAUUUUCCCCUUUUUCAAUAGCUUUUUAGGGCUGAUUGGGGCGGGAUCGUUUUACCCACUGACAGUUUAUUUUCCCAUAGAGAUGUACAUCGCCAGGGCUAAAAUACCAAAGUUUUCUUUCACUUGGGUGUGGUUAAAAAUCCUCAGCUGGACUUGUUUGGUGGUUUCGUUGGUUGCGGCUGCUGGAUCUAUUCAGGGACUAAUCUCCGAUCUCAAGGAAUAUCAACCAUUCAAGACAGAAUAGAUGUCCUAAUAUGAGAUAGUAGUAUAUUACCUAGUUUUUUUUAUGCAGUUUGUAUACCUUGCUUGGUACAAAUGACUAGUAGUGUGUGUUUAUGUUUU